AUGGACUCCUCGCACCGCAAAAUCGAACUCCAAUCCCCCUCAGAUCUCACCUACCUCACGACGCAAAUCCGCACCGCCGCCCGCCAAAAACUCGACCUGCACCUCCCUCCCGUCACCUCUGCCACAGCCGCCGAACCCGACGACCUGCGCCGCAGCGUCGAAGACCUCGUCGACGCGUUUGUCGCGCACGUGCUACGCGGCAUGCGGCAAAACAUUAGCAUAAACGGGAUUGACAUUGUUGGCCCCGAUGCUGGCGGCCAAGGCGAUGACGCUAUGCAAGGUCUACAAGGUCUACAGGCUGGGGAAGCAGCAGAGACGGCGACGACGGCGGUUGAAAGGGAGGAAUUCGAGGCGUUUGAUGAGAAGCUCCGGACGAGGCUGGGUGAUGCGGUGGCGAGGCGCGAUGCGCUUAUUGCCAAGAUUAGUCAGCAUAGGAGGGCGACGCCGGCGGUUGCGGCAAAGGCUUUUCAGGAGAGGUUUGAGAGGGAGGGCGUGGAGGCGGAGGAGAAGUGGGCGGGCGUGGAGGAGAGGGUUAAUAAGGUGGUUGGGGAGGGGGAUGUGGCGGCGGUGGAGAGUGGCGUGAGGCAGGAGGAGGUACAGAGGAAUUGGGAGAGGGCGGUUGAGGCGUUGCAGGCGUUGAAUAAGGGGUUGCCCGAGACGAGGGCGCGGUUGGAGAGAGCGGGGGAUGUGGUGGGGUAUUUGGGGGGGAAGUAA